GACCCAGGGGAAGCCUGGCUUUCCCCUAGGUCUUUUGGCCAGCAGCCAUUUUGUGGAGGCAGCCUUGGUGACCCAGGUAGAUGGAAAAAUGGCUAGCAACAAAGACUGGUUUCAGGGUUCCAAGGUACCCAGUUUUGCUCAGAUGCUAAAAAAGAACUUGCCAACUGAACCCCCUCUGGAAGACCCUCCACAGCCAUCUCCACACCCUUUGAAUAUGAGCCUGUUUUCACCUUCUGAAAAUAACAUGCCAAAUUCAGUGUCUAAGGUGACUCAAAUCACAGGUCAUGUUUCAGACUUGCUAUAUUCCAAAGCAGCCCAUUCUCCUCCAAUCACUUCUCUUCUUCCGAAGAAAAUACCAAAGGAAUUUAUACUAAAAUAUAAACGUGGGGAGAUAAACCCAGUAUCUGCCUUGUAUCAGUAUGCACAAAUGCAGCGUGUUCAACUAGACUUGAAGGAAACUGUUACAACAGGCAACGUGUUUGGGAGUUACUUUGCUUUUUGUGCAGUGGUGGAUGGAGUUCAAUAUAAGACAGGAUUGGGGCAAAACAAAAAAGAAUCUAAAUCAAAUGCUGCAAAAUUAGCUCUUGAUGAGCUACUCCAGUUGGAGGAUACUGCACCAAAGGUUUUUGAAAAUUCAGGUCCUCCCCGGAUUCCUGCAGAACCCAAAGUUUCAGCUGACUCAACUUAUGUUUCAAAGAUUCCUUAUGAGAGACGGCAUCUUGUAUACGAGAAAUUUUCACAAGCUGUCAGGGAGGCCUUUAACAGUCUGGCUGCCAAAUAUCCUGAGUACCAGAGUUGUAGCAGUUCAUUGGCUGCUUUUAUAAUUGAAAAAGCUGGACAGCAUGAAGUGGUAGCUUUAGGCACAGGAGAAUUCAAUUAUAGUCAGUGCAUUCAUCAUGACGGGAGACUGUUGCAUGACACUCAUGCUGUUGUUACUGCAAGACGCUCUCUGCUAAGGUAUUUUUACAGGCAGCUUUUGUUGUUCUUCAGUAAAAAUCCUCUUCUGAUAGACAAAUCCAUAUUUUGUAUGGAACAAGCAUCAAGCCUGCUCAGUCUAAAACACAAUAUAAAUAUUUUUCUCUACAUGAAUCAGUUGCCAAAAGGAUCUGCUCAAAUCAAGUCACAGCUACGUCUCAAUCCAAAUUCUGUGUCUGCAUUUGAAGCUAAUGAAGAGCUCAGUCUCCAUGUUGCUGUGGAAGGCAAGGUUUACCUAACUGUUUAUUGUCCCACUGAAGCUGCUAGCAGAGUAAGCAGCAUGUCAGCCAGUGACAAAUUAACAAGAUGGGAAGUGCUAGGUGUCCAGGGAGCAUUACUAAGUCACUUCAUUCAGCCAGUUUACAUCAGUAGUAUACUUGUUGGGGAUGGAAACUGCAGUGAUACAAGAGGACUAGAAAUAGCUAUAAAACAACGUGUUGAUGAUGCACUCAUAUCAAAGCUUCCCAUGUUUUACCUGGUCAACAGACCUCAUAUUAGUUUAGUGACUGCUACGCAUCCGGUUCAGAUGGACUUGGAGCACAGAUCUCUUAGUGUGAAUUGGUCACAAGGGGACACUUCGUUGGAAAUUGUGGACGGUUUAAAUGGGAAAAUCACUCAAAGCUCGCCAUUCAAAAGUGGCACUUCAAUGGCAAGCCGUCUUUGCAAGGCUGCAAUGUUAAGUCGUUACAAACUGCUUGCUAAGGAAGCAAAACGAGAUGAUUUGCUUGAAGCUAAUACAUAUCAUGAAGCAAAGGUUAAGUCAGCAUCAUACCAGGAAGCUAAACAUUUGCUGAAAAGCUACUUAGAGCAGCAUGGCUAUGGAUUGUGGAUUGUGAAGUCUCCACUUAUUGAACAGUUCAGCAUGUAACUACUAAACUGAUAUAUUUGGGUUUUUUUAUUUAUUUAAAUAAAAAAGCUAAUUUCAUGAGUAAAAUAUUUGGAUAUUGGUAGUCUUAAUCUUUCCAAUCAGUGUCAUUUACAGUGAUAAUAAGUGAAUGGCUUAAAUACUUUUUUGUCAAUUUAAACAAAAAUAUUAGACUACCUCUGGUGUCUUGGGUACGAUUUACUUGUUACAGUUGUAUGUUUUAGACUCACAAAGCUGCUAUUAAAGGGUUUUAUCUGUA